CCUUCUUUACAUAUCCAUAGAACCUGUGCAUAGAACUGACACAAAUUUUCUAUCAUGUCGUGAUGUCACUCUAUCAUCAACCUUCAUAUACUCGCAAGCAGCUUCAAUAAUGGAGAAAUCAAAAACCAAAUAAAAACAAUGUAACCCAAACUAAACCCAACCACAUAGCCGCAGCAUAACUCUUAGAAUAGCUACGUCAAUAAAACAAUGGUUAAGCCAAAGUACGAUCUACCAACCCCCACUUUUCCAUACAAAAUACCGAAAAGACUGAACAUUCUGAGUGUUCCGAGGAAGUAUAUUAUAGAUACGGGUGAAGGAAUGCCCGCUUUAACGCCUAGGGGUAUAAGAAAGUCGGCUAUUGGUGCUCAAAUAACUGAUAGAGUUACUGAUGUAGCCUGGCCGUAUCUUCGACGUUUUCUCAUAAUAAAGCGGAUGUACAAACACCGCUUUAGUCAAGAGCGAAUGGAAAAAAUAGACCACAUGAUAGAGGCCGCUAACGCUACAUGUUAUUCAAAACUCGCAAAUUGCGUGCUAGAUCUAAAGAAACAAGACUCGAAGGAUAUUAAGAAAAAGCGCGGGUGGACUGAAAGCGAAUGGAAGAAACAUAUGGAUUAUAUCUCGCAGAUUGCUGGACCAAGGAGGGACUUUAGACCACCACCGAUUAGGAGAGGACAAGGAAAGCCAUUAGAUGCGUUAUUGCCGAGAAUCAACCAGAUAUGCCGCUUACCCGAAUUCAAGAUUUAUAGAAGACUUUCACAAGAGGCCUGGUACAGAGAUCCUGUUAAGGUUCCACCAAACGCAUUGAAAUACAUGAUAUCAGACCGUGUGAAGAAACUAGCUGUUGCAAGAGUUAUACCGCAGCCCGGCGCAUUUGAUUAACUAUUCAAUUAAAACUGUAUGCUAAAUAACUCCAUUUUUUAAAUAUUUUUAAUGCCCUGUUCGGAAACUGUAUUCCAGUCUGCUACUUGCCUUGUAUUGUAACAUUACAAAUGGUCAUCAUAUAUAGCCUAUAGAAAUUGCAUAGUCUUUAGAAUAUAAAU